AUGCUGAUCUCACAUCAUCUAUUUUUCAAAACCACAAAAAACAAGAUUUCAGUGAAUUCAUUAUCACUAUUACUCUCCCUUGUUAAACAAUGUUCCUCCACAAAAACCCUCCAACAAAUCCACACUCAAAUGAUAAUCAACUCAAUCCACACCCCAAACCACCUUCUUUCUCAAUCCAUAACCCUCAAAGACUUCAACUAUUCCUCAUUAAUCUUCUCCCACAUAACCCCUCACCCAAACAACUUCUCUUUCAACAUCAUGCUCCGUGCAACCACCACCACUUGGCAUAAUUACCCUCUUACCCUUCAUCUUUACCACCAAAUGAAAUCUCUCAACCUCACCCCUGACAACUUCACAUUCCCUUUCGUCUUCCUCGCCUGUGCUAACAUGGAAGCUGUUCGUCAAGGACGAUCGGCUCAUUCCUCGGUUUUUAAACUUGGGUUGGACUGUGAUCUGCAUACGGUUCAUUCGAUGAUUACUAUGUAUUCACGGUGCGGGGAGUUUGGGUUUGCGCGUAAGGUGUUUGAUGAAAUUACUCAGAAGGAUUUGGUGUCGUGGAACUCGAUGUUAUCUGGGUAUGCGAAGAUGGGUCGUGCUAAGGAGGCUGUGGAGGUGUUUGGUAGGUUGAGGGAGGAGUCUGGGUUUGAGCCUGAUGAGAUGAGUUUGGUGAGUGUUCUUGGUGCUUGUGGUGAAUUGGGGAAUUUGGAAUUGGGGAAGUGGGUUGAAGGGUUUGUUGUGGAACGUGAUAUGAAGGUUAAUUCGUUUGUAGGUUCUGCUUUGAUUAGUAUGUUUGCUAAAUGUGGUGAUUUGGUUUCGGCUAGAAGGAUUUUUGAUGGCAUGCCGAUUAGAGAUGUGAUCACGUGGAAUGCAGUUAUAUCAGGAUAUGCUCAAAAUGGAAUGGCGGAUGAAGCAAUAUCUUUAUUUCAUUGUAUGAAGGAGAAUGGUGUUAAUCCAAAUAAAAUUACCUUGACAGCAGUGCUGUCUGCGUGUGCUAGUAUAGGGGCUUUGGAUUUGGGGAAAGAGAUCGAUGAAAAUGCAACCCAAAGAGGAUUUCAACAUGAUAUUUUUGUGGCCACUGCACUGAUUGAUAUGUAUGCUAAGUGUGGGAGUUUGGAGAGUGCACAGAGAGUUUUCAAUGAAAUGCCUCGAAAAAAUGAAGCUUCUUGGAAUGCCAUGAUCUCUGCUCUUGCUUCUCAUGGCAAAGCGAAGGAAGCCCUAUCACUCUUUGAGCGCAUUUCAGAUGAGGGUGGUGGUGCUCGCCCGAAUGAUAUAACAUUUGUUGGUUUGCUUUCUGCUUGUGUGCAUGCAGGCCUAGUUGAUGAGGGAUACAAGUUGUUUGAUAUGAUGAGCACAUUGUUUGGAUUGGUACCAAAAAUCGAGCACUACUCUUGUAUGGUUGAUCUUUUGGCACGUGCCGGUCAUUUAUACGAAGCAUGGGAUCUCAUUGAGAAAAUGCCUGAAAAACCAGAUAAGGUUACAUUAGGUGCUUUACACGGUGCUUGUCGAAGAAAGAAAAAUGUAGAUAUAGGCGAACGAGUUACACAAAUGCUUCUGGAGUUGGAUCCUACAAAUUCUGGAAACUAUAUCAUAUCAUCAAAAAUAUAUGCGAAUGUAAACAUGUGGGAUGAUUCAGCAAGGAUGAGAGCACUGAUGAGAGAGAAGGGUGUCACUAAAACUCCUGGCUGUAGCUGGAUUGAAGUUGAUAAUCACUUGCGUGAAUUUCGUGCUGGUGAUGGCUUAUCCCUCGACUCUAUAGAUAUAUGUAACACAAUUGGUUUGCUCUAUGAAGAGCUUAAAAAGGAAGGUUAUGUCCCAACAAUUGUUGAAUAAUCUUUACGAGGGGCAGAAGACUUGUUUCAUUGGAUGUUGCCAAUGUUGGCUGAUUUGGAUGGACUCUGUGGUACUCAACAGUUUCAGUUCAACUAUUCAUGGUUGUUGAAUUGGUUUCAUCAGGUUAGUAUGUUGUGACAAGCUGACAGCACAUACUAAUAUACAUUGGGAACCUUGUUUUUGAACUGAUGCUUGUAUACUUUUGUACUUGAAGCUUGGAUUUAUAUAAUUUAAGGUGGAUGAGCCUUUAGCUUUUACAUAAGCUAUCCUUUGGACACUUACUUGAACCUUUGGCAAAUCUGUUGAAGAAAGGAGCUUUUCACCUUGUUGAUUUGAGCAAAAUCUGGCAACUUCUUCAGGAAAACAAGAGUUUUUAUUGUGAGGCAAACAGUUGUUGCCAAUGGGAUCCAAGAAUUGCUCUUGCUUUUAGGGAAGCAACUUUAGCUUCUUUAUGUGUCAUAUCAUUAUCAGCUAGAAAUUGAAGAGUGCUUCAAAAUUUCGAUACUCUAUAUUUAAAUUUGAUUUUCACCAAUGAAGGUUUAGAUAGGUCUAUAUUAUAGCAGAAAUAAUUUUUUCAGAUCAGAUGAAAUAAAGAUAAUUCUUUGGCCAUCACACAGAUUCAACAGAGAACGGUGAUAAAAAGUUGUUUUGCUAAGAUGACAAGAGUCAGGAGUGUAAGAAAAUAUUUGUAAGAUUUUCUGAUUUUGUUAUAUUUUAUUUUCUACUUUCAUUGAGUUAUUCUCUAUGAUAUGACAAAAUUCUUCAAAAUCACGAGACUUCAUUUCA